UCGUAGUCCCUGUAAAUCCAGCAGAGCGGAACCUGCUGGUGCUUCGGUUGCACCGCUUCCGGUUCACAAGGAAACACUUCCGGUGCAGCGGAGCGGCGCGGCGGUACUGGAGAAUUUGGUUCUGGAGAAGUGUGACUCUCAAGAGGCCCUUUGCAGUGGUGACUUGGGUCAUGGCCUCUGACCUGGACUUCUCGCCUCCUGAGGUGCCUGAGCCCACCUUCCUGGAGAACCUACUGCGGUAUGGGCUCUUCCUGGGAGCCAUCUUCCAGCUCAUCUGUGUCUUGGCCAUCAUCGUACCCAUUCCCAAGUCCCACGACACGGAUGACUCUCAGCUAUUCUUCCAGCACCAUGCCUGCAUGCAGCCAUGCUCCCUGCCAUGAUGAUAAUGGACUGAACCUCUGAACUGUGCACAGCCACACGGAGCCGCACAGUGGAGAGAGCAAGCUUAGUGUUUCUCCCUUGACCCUGCACAGAUUCUAUUACCUGGGCCUGAUGGAUAGCAGCAAUUUUCUAGCCUGUUGAACUAUUCUCUCACCACCUCAUAAUUGAUGGAGUUGUGUCCCCCAAAAGAUGCCUCCAAAGACCCAGGAAACCCCUGACAAUGGGGGCUUCUUUUUCCCUCAAUCACUUCAGGUGAGGUGCGGUGUCCCCAGACUUAAAGGUGAGGCUGUCGGGUGUGUAGUCUGCUCUUCCCUGACUUUUCCUAGCCAGGCACAUCUGAAAAGAAAUUAAAUCACUCAUUUGUUCAGUCAUUCCUGUCAGCUCAGAGUGGAAACUACCCCUGUAGUGCUAGGACCUGAGCAUCCAGAUCACACUGAGACAGACGCUUUGCUUCCCUGUGCUUGGCCAUAGAAGGCCCCAGUGUCAGAGCCUUGGCGUCCUUGCCAGUCAAUGAGGCCUAGUGGCUGCCUCAUCAUCAUAAGGCCCAGUGUGCAAGUGAGUGGAGUAUAUUGACCGCUCUGCAGCACCCUGGGGUGAGCGCAGAGCAUCUUACAGUGAGUGCUAAGCACCUCUGCAACAAGCGUAUGCCGGGAAGCAAUGCCCGUGGCCCAGAGUGAGAGGGGCCUGCCUGCAGACAAGGCUGAGGCUAGACUAGACUGCCUCUCAGAAGCCACACUGGGUCUUUUUAAAAUUGGAAAACCAGCCCAAUUGUGACUGUUUACAUCGUUUUAGAAAAUGGACUAGAAGUAAUGUGGAGGAUGCGAGGGGAGGAUGCAAAACCUGGAGUGGCCGAGACACCAUGGGUCCGAAUGGGCAGAGAGGUGUGUGUGGCUAGGAUGAGUGAAACCCGCAGCCUCUUGGAAGGUAGAACAAACAGGCCUUGGGAUCAGGUGGAGGUGGGGGCUUCUCCAUCAGAGGGGUCAGCUGAGCUCAGAAAUGCCUUGCGAGCCAGAUGGGUAGCAGUGCCAAAAGCUGAGGUGGGGGUGGGCAUGGUGGAGGGGCGUCUGCUGAUACGUUCAACCGUGAUGGCUGCAGAGCAUGCACACCCACAGAGGCCUGAGUCAGCCACACAAAGCAAACAUCACUACAGCACUAACCUUCUCUCCCAGCUCCUCCAGGACUUCUGAUCACAAGGAAGGGACAGGCAGAAUCUAGAACAGAGCAGUCUUCAUCUUCCAGAAUGGGGUGUGAGGGGCUCCCAAGUGUAGAAAAUAGAUUUCAGUUACCACGGAAGCAGUAAGAGACACGAGCUGGCUCUGCAGCUCACCAGCUGAGAGCUCAGGCCAGCCCUGGUCCUUUCUGGGUACUGGUUCCUUUGUUUAUGACCUGAGGCCCAUCCUGGCACUUCGUCUAAAUGAAUGACACAGGACCUGUCAUGCUAACUACAGGCAUUGUUGGGGCCGGCGUGGUGGUGGUGUGAUUGGUGCUUACGCCCAGCCUCACUGGAAGCUGCAUGUAUUGGAUUUUAAAAUUGCCACCCCCCUGAGGUUUCAUUUUGUUUGUUAUCUAACUGGUUAAUUUUUUUUUUAAUUUCUUGGCCAGUUUACAUAAAUAAUAGUGUUGGGAGACCUUGGACUCCAUUGUGAGUUCUGGCCGGAGGAGGCCCAGCAGCCAGUCCUGAGACUUGGUGGGGCGGGGCAGCCUUCGCACCUGCUCUCUGGCUGAGAAGGAGGAGUUGGCCAGGUCUGGGUUGGGCCUCUGUUGUAGGAUCCAUCAUCCCCUGAGCUGCAGUUCCUCUGCUUGCAUGAUGGAGGCUGGGCCCCUGGGGGCUGGAGUAAUGCCGGAAAAUAAAAUAAGCUGGAACCUGGGCUCAGCGAGCUCCACACAGAGGUGUCUGGUCCCAAGAAAUCCCUGAGAGACAGCCUUGGCAGUGUGGAAUAAGCCUUCCCUUUUUCCCCACGGAGAAGUGGCUGUAUUGGUUUCUUUCCUGCACCCAUCUCACUCAAGAGGAACCUCUGCCUUCCAGAGCAAGGAUGUAGCCUUAGUCUGCUUUCUGAUUUUUCUAUUUUAACUUAGGAUCAAAGGCUGGAAGAUAUCUUAGCAGUUGAGAGCUCUUGAUUCACUUGCAGAGGGUUCAGUUUCCAGCAUCCACGUGGUGGCUCAUGGCCAUAGGUAGCUCAGUUCCAGGAGAUCCAAUGUAACACGAAUUCUAGUUUGUCUUAAUAAUAAAAACACAGAGUCAGAUAUAGAGGUUAAUGCUGAAGAUCAGAGAAACAGAGCAGCCAGCCACUAAAGAUUCCUUUUACUUCUACCAAUUCUCAGACUAAAGGGGCGAUCCUGUCCUCUGACUGCACAGGCAAGUCUCAGACUGCAACUGUCUCCACAGAUUCAAUACUGUGUAGCCCAAGGUGGCCUUGAACUAACAGAUAUCCCUCUGCCCCUGUCUUCCCGAGUCCUGGGAUUAAAGGUGUGUGUCACCACUCCCUUGGCCUAUAGUGGCUUAGCUCUGCACUCUAAUCUUCAGGCAAGCUUAAUUUGUUAAUGUAUAAACAAAAUACACAUUCCAACAACCUUUUCUGACCUCCAUGGGCACUGAGCACACACAUGUACACAAACAUACAUAUAAGCAAACUCAGAUCAUUGCUGCAUUUCACCUGCUAAGGCACCAUGCCACACACCCCACCCCACCGCCACCCGGCAUGGAUUUUUAAGAAUAAACACUGCAUACCAAGUACAACUUGCAGACAGACUCAGGCCAUGGCUGGCAUUUCCUCACCUAGCCUGCUUCUGGUUGUCCUUUGGGCCAUCAAACUCCUUAUGUUAUCACCAAAGGAGAUACCAAAGAACACCAGAUGGGAGCAUUCCCGAUUCUUCUCUGGUACAAGUACAGUGGCCUGGGGCAGGCCUGUCCCUUCCUGGGGCUUACCUUUUUCUGCACAGUGAGGGCCAGACCUAGAUCUGUGACUUUGAACUCUUUUUUUUUUUCUUUUCAGCAGCAAAACCUUUGUUUCAGCCCAGUCUUCCAAGGGAUGCAUCAUAGGGUAUGAAACAGGCAGAAUGGAGCUGCCCCAGUUGCUGAGAAUCUGGGGUUCUGGCCUGAGGCUGCCUCUGCGCUCCCCCAGGGCACCCCUGCUAGAGUCUACAGAACACAGUGUAGUGAUAGCCCACCUGCCAGCUACUUGCUCUACUCCUAGCCCAAAUUCUAUGGAUGCAUGGGGGGCAGGGGGAGUAACCACCAGGAGUGCCAGCCAUGGCAGCCUCCCUACAGCCAACCCUCAUUAAUGCCGGGACACCCUGACAGCCACUGGGUGUCACCAACCCUGCUGGUGCACCCUGUGACUUCACCUCCUCCAGGUGUCUGUCACUGUUCUCAUCUUACACAUAAGACAUGGGACUAAGGAGCUCACAGGCCACUGAACUGGGAGGUAAAGGAGCCCAGAUGCCACCUGGUGCCUUGUACUUUCGGGAUCUAGUCUGGGUAAUAAUCCUUCCCUUGUGUUUCCGUGCCAUGCUUCAGUUGGCCAAGGUGGAUUCCUCUAAACAGAACUCUUUUAAAAAUUCACC